UAUUAUAUAGAUUUUAUGUUUUAUACCAAAGAAUAUCUUUUGAAAAAGAUAGAUAGAAUUUGUAGAAAAAAAAAAAAGAUAGAUAGAAGAAAUAACAUAUAAGAUAAGCAGUGAUAAAAGGCUUUAGCUUAUAACAGAAGUAUGAAUUUGAUGUAUGUAUUGUUAAAUUUAAGUAUCAAUAUGCAUUUUAUAUUAUAGAGUGAUUUAUGUUGUGGACUGUGCUGUGACUCAUAAAAGGCAUUUAAUACUUUAGAGAAAUUAUUUAUUAUGUACCUAAUGGUUUAUUUAACAUGUAUAAUUCUAAACAAGAAACGAACCAAAAUAAAAAUUGAAUAACUAAUUUAAUUCAAAUUACAAAAGUUUAAAUCAAAACGAAUUUAAUUUAAUUUUACAUUAUAUUCAAAUUAAAUAAUAUAUUUUUAUAAUUGAAUAAAGAUAAAUUUUUCUCUGAAAACUAAUUCAAAGGAACUAAACAUGUCCUUACUUUCAGAAUUUCAUGCCGUUGGAGGUGUGUAAAAAUAUAUUCUGUAUGGGCGUUAGACUACUCCCAUUGAUUUCUCUGCUUUACCCUCUUAAUACAUAAAAUCAAGUUACUGUUAAAAUCAUAGGUAUUUGAUUUUCCAUUUAAAUAUAGUUUAAAAACUCUCACAUUUUCCCCCUCAAAUAAGGUGGAUUAGCUUCUCAAAAUGUGAACAAAGUCUAAAUCUCUUAAAUGUAAUUUCCAUUUGUUGUUUGUAGUAAUGAAAAUGGAAAUUGGCAGUGGCAGUCAAAAUCGGGAGCCACGUAGAAAGGAGAAUCAGAGAAGGCUCUGAAAAAUUACGAAAAGACAAUGAACAGUGAGUUGACCAAAGGGUAAAUAUUAACAUUAACUACAAAGGGAAAAGAUAAAGAUAAAUCACAUGCCAAUUCCCAUGGCACGUACUAUAUAUUUAUCAAACACAUCAACGCAAUUAAGCAAGUGAAAAGUGAGAAUUAAGGAGGGGCCUAAACCCUUGGUUCAUCAGUAAUGUAACGGAUACCCAAUGCCUGGCACUGCCAGCACACUUUAAGUUGGGUAAUAAUCUGUGAGUAGUCUGGAUUUGGUUGAUUGAUCAAUUCCUUCCUCCAAAUAUGUAUAUCCUAUUCCUAAUAUGAAACACAAGUGCACCGCACAACACCGAAGUGUUAAUUAAUUAGGACCCCAAAUCCAAAAGCUAAAGCGGGCACACACCCACACACACAAUAGCUCACACAAAGGAAUAACAUUAUAAAAAGAUAGAUACCAGAGAGACAGAAAUAAUAAGCAGAGAGAGCGACGAUGCCAUCUCUGAUCUACGAAUGCGAGACGGUGUUCGCUGCCUUCAGUUGUGUGUGUCAGCAUUAACCUCUUUUAUUGUUAGAUCCAAUCUCUCUCCCUCAAUUUAACCCUAACUACCCUUCCUUUCAUUUUCAGGUACUUUCUUCGCCUCUUAGUGUUUUUCUUUCUCGUCGAUCUUCUCACACAUUCACUUUAUACACAAUCCAAAUCCGCGAAAUUUCCACUUGUUUGCUUCCUCUAUAUUAUCAUUCUUCACCAACUCCAUUAUUUUAUUUUUCUUAAUUCAAAAGCAAAAAUACUAUUCUCUGCUCCAAAUCUUUGUCCGCUACUGCUCAUUUCAGUGAUUUGGAUUGAGCUCCUAACUACCUUCCACGGAACUGAAAAUCAGUGGAGAAGGAUUCGGAGCAGAAACAGUUGCCAAUCUUGAAUCCAUUUUAAUUUUUCCUAAAUCAGGUUUUCUGCAAUUUAACAAUGGCGAAGCUGCAAUGAAUUGGUGAUAUAGCGUAGAUAGAAGAGAGAGAGAGAGAGAGAGAAAUAGGAGAAAAAUCAGAUGGAAGAUAUUUCCAAAUACGUGCACAGUCCUGUACACGUGGCAGUGGCGAGGCGUGACCACGCUGCACUGCGCCACAUAGUUUCCACCAUUCCUGGACUUGCGAAGGCUGGUGAGGUGAAUACAGAAGCGGAAUCUCUCGGGGCGGAGCUAAAAGCCGAUGAGGUAUCGGCGGUUAUUGAUCGGCGUGAUGUUCCGGGAAGAGAGACACCUCUUCACCUGGCGGUGCGUCUCAGGGAUCCUGUCUCUGCUGAGAUUUUGAUGGCUGCGGGUGCUGAUUGGAGUCUGCAGAAUGAGAAUGGUUGGAGUGCUCUCCAAGAAGCCGUGUGCAGUAGAGAGGAGGCAAUUGCUGUGAUUAUAGCGCGCCACUAUCAGCCUCUGGCUUGGGCUAAAUGGUGCCGAAGGCUUCCCCGCAUUGUUGCUUCCGCUGCUCGAAUUCGUGAUUUCUAUAUGGAGAUAUCAUUCCAUUUUGAGAGCUCUGUUAUUCCUUUCAUUGGCCGCAUUGCCCCUUCGGAUACUUACCGCAUUUGGAAGCGCGGUUCUAAUCUUCGCUCUGACAUGACACUUGCUGGUUUUGAUGGCUUCCGCAUACAAAGAUCUGAUCAAACUUUUUUGUUCCUCGGAGAGGGUUAUGCUUCUGAGGAUGGGAAUUUGAAUCUGCCGCCGGGUUCUUUGCUUGCUCUUGCUCAUAAGGAGAAGGAAAUCACCAAUGCUUUGGAAGGAGCCGGUACGCAACCGUCAGAAGCUGAAGUUGUUCAUGAGGUUUCGUUGAUGUCUCAGACGAAUAUGUAUAGACCUGGUAUUGAUGUUACUCAGGCUGAGCUUGUUCCCCAUUUGAAUUGGAGGAGACAAGAGAAGACGGAGAUGGUUGGGAAUUGGAAGGCAAAAGUUUAUGACAUGCUCCAUGUGAUGGUGAGUGUGAAGUCAAGACGAGUUCCAGGUGCUAUGACUGAUGAGGAGCUUUUUGCUGUGGAUGAUGGUGAAAGUAUGAUGAAUGGAGAAAACAAUGAUGAGUAUGAUGAUGUGUUGACUGCUGAAGAAAGAAUCCAGUUGGAUUCUGCACUGCGUAUGGGGAACGCUGAUGGUGUUUGUCAGGAUGAGGAACAUGGAGGCGGCUUUGAUGGUCAGGAAAAUGGUUCUGCAGCUUCCUAUCAAAAUUGUGACGCCAAUGGUGCGGUUAAAGAGAAGAAGAGCUGGUUUGGUUGGAACAAGAAAAACUUGAGGGGUGGCAGUGAUGAACCUGAGGAUGCAAAAACUAAGAAGUUUUCAGGUGAUCAGCAAAAGCCACAACCUGAGUUUCUGAAGGAGGAUCCUGGAGAGACUAAGAAGGGAAAGGAUAAAAACUUUAAAAAGAAAAAGAAGAGAGGAGCAAUUAAUGAGACUAAGAAUGAGAGUGAAUACAAAAAGGGCCUAAGACCUGUCUUGUGGUUGACACCCGACUUCCCUUUGAAAACUGAUGAGCUUCUGCCUCUGCUUGACAUCUUAGCAAACAAGGUUAAGGCUAUUAGGAGACUCAGAGAACUUUUGACAACCAAACUUCCUCAUGGAACCUUUCCUGUUAAGGUAGCUAUCCCUAUAGUCCCUACUAUACGGGUCAUUGUCACUUUUACAAAGUUUGAGGAGCUUCAGCCAGCAGAGGAGUUUUCAACUCCGCUAUCCAGUCCAGCAUACUUCCAGGAUGCCAAAUCCAAGGAAUCAGAAGGGUCGUCGUGGAUGUCAUGGAUGAAAGGAAGUCGUGGUAUGCUGUCCAGUGACUCUGAUAGUCACAGAUACAAGGAUGACGUUGACCCUUUCAAUAUACCUUUAGACUACAAAUGGGUGGAUGCCAAUGAGAGGAAACGCCGUAUGAAGGCAAAGAGAGCCAAAAUUAAAAAACAUAAGAAGCAGACAGUUGCAAAAGGAGGGGAUGGAGCGCAUCAAGGGAUUGAGGAUGUGGAAGAAUAAUAAUAGCAUGGUAUCUUUGUUAUUGCUGCUUUUAUAAUCGUUGUCAGAGAGAAAGUGUAAGCGUCAUUGUGCACAGCUGACUUUACUUUUCACUUUGGAUGAUCUAGCCAAGAAUAUACCGGAAGCUCUUUGGGUGAUAGUUACACUUCAAGAAAAGGGUGCCACUAUGUUUUUCCCCUUUUGCGAUGUUGGAUUAUGAAGAGAGAUUUCGUCAUCUGGAAAUAAUUGUGUUGUCAUUUGAAGAGAAAACGAAGAGAAAGAGUCGAAUAUGGCCUUCAAUUACUUGGCUUCAUUCUGAUUUCCCCAAGAUACCGAUAUUUGUAUGUACAUCUGUAUCUCUGAUUAUCGAUUUUGCAUUUUUGUGAGUGGUAUUUCUGUUUUCACUGUUCGUUCAUCAAGUUUUGCCUAUUCUUUUAAACUGACUUUGGCAUGGUAAGAUCUGUUGGAAUUUGUAUCUAAUCAUCGAAUACAAGAACAUUUUUUCCCCACUUAGAUAUGUUGCAUUUUUUAAGUCACUUCAUCUUUUUUCAAAAGUUUUUGUAAUUAACAUUUCGAUAUGCAGUACUAGUUAGGGAAUUAAUUUUUUUGUU